CUCUCUCUGGAGGUUCAGAUGUGAUCCCAGGAAUACUACACACUUCCAAUGAAUAGCACCUUUUUCCUUCCCCCUGCAAGAAUUUGCCAUAUGGAAUCUUAGAUCUCAAGGAAACCGUAUUCUACAAAUUGUCUAAGGUGUUUGGGUCAUCAUGCCAAUUUUGUUUGCUGUUCUACACCUGUUAGGCAUUCUGUCUCUGACAUGCAGAGCAUCUGGAUCUGACUCAAGUGUUACCACCCCCAUCACCUGUACGACCCGUGGGGCAGACCUGACGGAGGAGAAGCAGUUGGUCCUCUGUCCACCUAACUGCACCCUCUGGAGAGUGUCUGUGUUUGGUUCUCGGGUGUACGCCGCCGUGUCCAGCGUGUGUGGCGCUGCCGUGCACCAGGGGGUGAUAAGGUCCUCGGGGGGACCAGUGAAGGUCCACAAACUGCAAGGCAGACAGAACUACCUCGGCUCCUACUCCCAUGGAGUACAAUCUCAGGCCCUGUCCAGGUGGACCGCAUCAUUCACUGUGGCCCAAUCUGUUCAUGUGCCCCAGGAGGUGUCCUCCCAGAUAGCCACAACUGUCCUCCCUGCACCAGGACCAGUGAAGAAAACAUUAAAGAAGCCGGUGAAGAAAAUGACUACAGGAGGAAAUAGAGACUGCCAGAUGGAGAUAGCCCUGCUGCUGGAUAGCAGCAACAACAUUGGGCAGCGUCGCUUCAACCUUCAGAAGAACUUCAUCAGCAAGUUAGCGGUGAUGCUAAAGAUUGGACCGAAUGGACCACAUGUUGGUGUGGUGCAAGCUAGUGACACACCUCGGACAGAAUUUCUCCUGACUAACUAUACUCAACCCAAAGAUGUGGUGUUUGCCAUCAAAGAGGUAGCAUACCUGGGAGGCAACACUAACACAGGUAAGGCCAUCAUGCACACGGUGGAGUCCUUCUUCCAGACGGGGGUGAGGAGAGGUCACCCCAGGGUCAUAGUGGUGUUUAUAGAUGGCUGGCCCUCAGACGACCUGGAAGAUGCGGCCGUGCUGGCCAGAGAGUCUGGUAUCAAUGUGUUCCUGGUGCCAGUGGCCAAGCCUGCCCUGGAGGAGCUCGGCAUGGUCAGAGACAAGGACUACAUGAAGAAGGCAGUGUGCAAGGACAACGGCUACUUCACAUACGCCAUACCCAGUUGGUUCGGCACCACCAAGUAUGUGAAGCCCCUGGCCCAGAAGUUGUGCUCAGUAGACCAGCUCCUCUGCUCCAAGACCUGCUACAACUCGGUCAACCUGGGCUUCCUCAUUGACGGCUCCAGCAGCGUCGGGGAGGGGAACUUCCGCCUGAUCUUGGACUUCAUUACCUCUGUGGCCCGUAGCUUCGACAUCUCAGACAUAGGGUCACGUGUUGGGGCAGUCCAGUUCACCUAUGACCAGCGGAUGGAGUUUAACAUGUACGACUACCCAGUGAAAGAUGAUGCCCUCAGGGCCUUGCAGGGGAUCCCCUACAUGAGUGGGGGCACGGCCACGGGAGACGCCGUUGCCUAUGCUACCCAGAACCUGUUCCUGGCCCGCAAGGCUGGCCCUGGGAGGAACUUCCUCAUAGUGGUCACUGACGGACAGUCCUACGAUGACGUCAGAGGGCCGGCCCUGGCCGCCCAGAAGGAAGGGAUCACCAUCUACUCUGUGGGGGUGGCAUGGGCACCAAUGGAUGACCUGCAAACUAUGGCGUCAGAGCCCAAGGAUAGCCACACAUUCUUCACCAGGGAGUUCACUGGCCUGCAGCAGUUCCAGCAGCCCCUUGUAAGGGGCAUCUGCAGGGACUUCACUGAGGCCAACUAGGGAGAGGUAGCAGAGAGAAGCUGUUUGGGCUCGCUGAAAACCCCAGCAAGACAGGAAACAUCUAGAUGGCACUUUAUUUUACAGUACAGAAAUUACCAGGUAUUUACUGAGAAAUAAAAUGGUUACUACAUAGUAAUAACCUAGAAAUUACUUGAUUGUUUCUUUCGGAUUCAUUCAAUCAAGUGCCACUCGGCACCCGAUGGUUGUAAAUUGUGUUGAAUUCUUCAAAGUAGCUAUCAGUUUUACCAAAUUAUUUUCUAUUAUACCAGUGCAAACACAAACAAUACCGGAAAAAGUGCUAGUCACUGUUCAACACAACCUGAGUACAGCAGAAGCUAACAAGGCAAUAGCAUUGUAGGUUCAAUAGUUCUCAGAAAACUAUCAUAGAUCAUCAAGUUGGAUAUUACCUUACUCAACUAGUCUGAUAUCAUUAUUCUCAAUAAUAGACCAUAUUCAUUCAUAGGUUCUCAAGAUGUGACUAGUUUGGAAUAUUCAUGUUUUAUCCAAUGUGUAUCGUAACUAUAGUGAAAUACGUUAAGGUAGUUUGUAUUUCUUGAACAAUGCAAACCAAAAAGCACAGAAACAUGUUGCCUAUAGACCAAGGUAUUCCUUCGCUUUCACCCUCAAUACAGUUAUCACUUCUCUGCUUGAUAUUGCUUGUAGUCAUAUGUAUGUUAGUUAAAAGGGAUGAUAUUUAGGGAAUAAAAGUACGAUUAAAUUUUUCCUAGGCCACAACUGCUGAUGCUAAGCUUCUGUUGCCUACAACAGAACGCUUUCCCAAAGCCAGUUUCUCUUGUAUACUGUACCAUACUUAUAGUACAUUUGCAUGUUGACCUGUACUUUAUAAAUUACAUUUUUUUUAAUGA